UGUCUCUGUUUUAAUCAUGGCUGAUGAACCUGUCCUGGAGGCCACAGAUGUGAGCCAAAUCCCUGCGACUGUGGCUCGGCUGCGAGAUGGGUUUCGUUCCCACGUUACCCUCGACUACGAGUACCGUAUGAGACAGUUGCGUAACCUCAAGAGAUUGUUGGAGGAGAACCAGGUGAAGAUCCUGGAAGCACUCAAGCUCGACCUAAACAAGUGCAAGUCCGAGGCGUUCAUGAUGGAGUUCGCCCAGGUGAUGGGAGAUGUGGUGGACAUCCUCAACAACCUGGCCGACUGGAUGGCUCCCAAUCACAGACCUCGAGACCUACUCAACAAGUUCAACUCCGUCUAUAUUCAGUCUGAGCCCUAUGGAGUGAUACUCAACAUGGUACCCUGGAACUACCCCUUGCAGAUCAUGUUGUGCAGUCUUGCCGGUAUUAUUGCCUCAGGUAACUGUUGUGUCAUCAAGCCGUCUGAAUUCGCUGUGGCCUUCUCCAACUUGAUGGCAGAGCUGAUUCCAAAGUACCUGGAUCAGGAAUGCUUUGCCAUGGUAACGGGAGCACUGGAGCAAUCAGAGGCACUGCUCAAGGAGAGGUUUGAUUUCAUCAUGUUCACUGGCAGUCCUGUUGUUGGGAAGAUAGUGAUGAGGGAGGCAGCUGCCACUCUCACUCCCAUCCUCCUGGAGCUGGGCGGAAAGAGUCCUGUGAUAGUAGCCAAAGAUGCCAACAUGGAAGUGGCUGGUCGCAGGAUUAUGUGGGGCAAGUGCAUGAACUCAGGGCAGACUUGUAUCGCCCCCGACUACGUGCUGUGUUUGAAGGAGCAGAGAGACAAACUGGUAGAGGCUUGUAAGAAAACCGUCACAGAGUUUUAUGGAGAGGACCCCAAAGAAUCUCCCGACUAUGGCAGGAUCAUCCAGUCCAGGCACUUCCAGCGAUUGGUGGGAUUGCUGGAGGGGUCAAAGGGCACAGUGGCGUACGGGGGUACCAGUGACCCCCAGACUCGAUACAUCCAACCCACACUUGUUACUGACGUCACUCCGGAGGACAAACUCAUGCAGGAGGAGAUCUUUGGUCCAUUGCUGCCCAUACUGACUGUAGACUCUUUGGAUGAUGCCAUUGACUUUGUCAAUAAAGGAGAGAAGCCUCUGGCCAUGUACGUCUUCACCGAGAGCCGGGCCACCUUUGAGAGGGUUAGCAAACUGACCAGUGCCGGAGGAGUCACUCACAAUGAUACACUGUUGCACGCUGGAGCAACUGCCCUCCCGUUUGGUGGCGUUGGUAACAGUGGGGUGGGAGCUUAUCGAGGGAAGCACUCGUUUGAUGCCUUCUCCCAUUCCAAGGGGGUGCUCUCAACUGGAACUGGGCUGGAGUUCUUGAACAAUAUGCGUUACCCUCCAUUCACCUCCUCCAAGUUCAACCGGAUCAAAUGGGCAUUGUCCAAGACCGAGCGAUCUAGCCGUGGUCCAUGGAGGAUGAUCAUGCUGUUCCUAUCCAUUGCCGUGGUUGCAGUGGUCGUACAGAUGUACGGACUACCCAGCUGGCUCUAUUGAAUGGUCUAGCUAGCCUUACCUAGUGAGGAGAACUGGAUAAGAGUUAAUUAAUUGUUGUACUCGCACAUUUAAAUUUGUUGCUGCUAUUUUGUAUUUUGUAUUAUUGAUACUUGUGUUUCCCAAUUUAUUCGUUGAUAUUAAUAUACUCAGCUUUCAA